CAAUCAGGAUGGUUCUUAUUGCGGCCAUGUUUGCCUUCCUCUGAGUUCGCUGAUGUGGUAUAGAGCAGUAGUAAGACAGAGGCAGAGGCGAGGAUCUGUGGUUUAUAAUAUUCCUGUCCAGAUCACUAGUUGUUAAAUCAUGCCGUACUAUCAGACCUGGGAGGAGUUUGCUCGGGCGGCAGAAAAACUCUAUCUGACGGAUCCGAUGAAGGUCCGAGUCGUGCUGAAAUAUCGCCACUGUGACGGGAACCUGUGUAUGAAGGUCACAGAUAAUGCCGUGUGUUUGCAGUACAAAACGGAUCAGGCACAGGAUGUCAAGAAGAUCGAGAAGCUGCACGGAAAGCUGAUGAGACUUAUGGUGUCCAAGGAGUCCCACAGUGGGGCCAUGGAGACGGACUGAGUGAUAGACUUGAGCAAAGGACAGAGACAGACUGAUGUAUUGAUGGUUCUUCUCACGAUCAUUGUAUGAGGAGCAUGGACCUGAAGCUUCUGUGUUUGGAGACCUUUGAGGAACAUUCUGUCCCUGUUUACACAGGAACAUCCUAAGGAGCUGACCUCUCAUUUCAGAUUCUGUGUGGACCUUUGUUAUUUUGUGAUUGAUCAGUGAACAUUCUAAAGCCCGACAUGAGAGCAGGGGGUAAAAUGGGGGAAAAAACAUGUCUGAGCCCAGAGUCUGUUCUGUUGUGAUUACAGUGAUCUAAAACAAUCCUCAUUCUUUCUGUAAUGAAUCUUUUCAUGAUUUUUUUUCCCCCCCUAAAUCUUUGUUUAUGGUGCAAUUCUGUUUUUAUUAUUAUUAUUAUUUAGCAUAAAUAAAGAGAGAGGUCUAAACAGCCGGGUGUGAGAUAACUGAUCUGUUGCAUACUGAUAAACCGAAAUGUACACCGUCGAUCCGAAGUUUAAAAACACCUCAUACAAAAGUUUUCUUUAUAUUGUUUUCUUCUUUCUUUUAGAUUACUAAAAAGAACAUUUUAUUGUACAUUUACAUGCUCUGCAAAUGAUCAGCAGCGGUGACAGUUUCUCAAAGCAGCUUCACAGAAAUAAAGUUUUAUAAUAAUGUA